UGUUGGGGACCGUUUUCCGUGGUCUGAGCCACCUCCUCCUCCUCCUCCCCCCCCUGGGCCCCUCUCCCCGGCCCGCCGCCCAGCGCCACGCCGCCUGAGAGGAAACAAAGUGCUGCGGGCGGGAGACUCGGCGGCGGCGUGCGCGGACCCUGCUCGGCCUUCCCGGUGACCCUCUCCGCGGUCUUCCCGAGUGUGUGUGCUGCUUCCUCCCCACGUCGGCCUCUCCGCGCGCGCUGGUCGCCGGUGUGUGUCUUCGGUCCCGGCUUCGUUCCUGCAGCGUCCCCUGCUCAUUCUCCCCCGCCUAUCGCCCCGCCGCCCGCCAUGGCGACCGCGAUCCCCGUGCCGCCCCGGGCGGGCAGCCGCGCCAGCGGCCCCGCCACGCCGCUGAGCCCUACGCGGCUUUCGCGGCUGCAGGAGAAGGAGGAGCUGCGCGAGCUCAAUGACCGGCUGGCCGUGUACAUCGACAAGGUGCGCAGUCUGGAGACAGAGAACAGCGCGCUGCAGCUACAGGUGACGGAGCGGGAGGAGGUGCGCGGCCGCGAGCUCACCGGCCUCAAGGUGCUGUACGAGACCGAGCUGGCCGACGCGCGCCGCGCCCUGGACGACACGGCCCGCGAGCGCGCCAAGCUGCAGAUCGACCUGGGCAAGAUCAAAGCCGAGCACGACCAGCUGCUCCUCAAGUGAGUGCUCGCCAGGCGGCCUCGUGAGCUCUCCCGAGGGGCUGGGGCUGCAGCCCGAGCGGGAGGACGGGGUCAGUGCCUAGGCCCUUCGGAAGGGACAGGGUGUCCGUCUCCGGGAAGGCGAAGGGAUCGAGUGUUUCUUAGUGGGGGGGAGGGGUCGCGGAGGGGGCUCGAGUUGCCGGGAUGGCAGGUCCGGCUACACCUUUCCCGAUCCGGGAUACCUAGCAGGACCGGGCGAGGUGCGCCCAUGUGGCCGCGGAAGAGGAACACGCCCGGCUUCGGGCCCGGGACCCCGAGAUCCAGAAGGGUUCUCCGGCGCAGAAGCCCCUCUGGUCGCCGGGGUAGGGAGCUGGCGUCUGGGCGUGUGCACGAACGCGCGCCCUGGUUUCCGGCCAGGCCCGACACAAAGCGUUUUGUGGCUUUGCGGUGUAGGGACGGCGGGUCCGGGGGGAGUAGCUUCCCGCCUGGAGAAUGAAUGAACUCUGCGCGGGCGGAGGGCCGAAGGGGUGGGACCUGCCUCCGGCGUCCCGGUCUACCCGGGGGUGGGUCCCACUUUGGCGCGCUCGGCCGUGUGACAUUUUGAAAUCUGCCUCGGGUUAGGAGGGAGGGGCGGGGUCUGAACUGAACGCCACUGUCGGCUUAGGGCAAAAUGGGUUUUAAAGCUCGUUAGCUCUCUCUGGGGAACGGCGUGCUUUCUUUUAGCGGAGACUGGAGCAGGCCCUUGGAUGCUUCUGUGCACCAGACUCCUCCAGCUGGGUUUUUGAAUGUCUUGGCCGCCGUCCUCCGAUCCGUGGACCGCCUACCCCUAAGAGCAGUCCCCUUCCCCAGCUUUUGCGCCCUCAUAAUAAAGUCAGUUGGUCUUGCGGGUAAUGGAGAAGACCAUGUUGAGUUCGCGCGUCUGUCAUUGUGUAGACUGGCCAGGGCAGGUGAAAGGGUGUUGUGUAAAUGUGGAGUGUUUCAGAGAGGGACAACUAGUAAUUACUCCACCUACGGGGGUGGGGGGUGGGGUUUGAAUUUUCAGUCCGGGCGCUGGGAUAAACUUGCUAGCUUUUGCUUAUCCUGCCUUGGCUUUCUGUUCAUUAGUAGGCAGAUUGUGUUGAUGUCACGCUUUAGAAAUUUGCUAAAUUUGUGUCCAGAAUUCAUUGUCUCCAACCGUCAUUGCCAAUUGAAAUUUUUGGGGAUGCCUGAUUCUGACUUUGACUGUUUGCCCAUGAAUGCCUAUCUGUAUCCGUGGAAAUGUUCUUGUCUCAGUCCCUGUCAUCUUAUAUGUGUGAAUCUCUACUUUGCUCCUUAAUAAAUACUUGAAAAUAGUUCAUAAAAAGACUGAGCACUUGGUAAAAUAAAAUAGUUUAGACUGGCUUAGAGUCAAAGGCAAUAACAGUCUACUGCCUCUUCCCAGGAGGCAAUUAUGUUUAGCCCUCUAUUUUUAUUUCUUUAAGUAUUUAGUUCCAUAACUCAAAAUAAUGAGUUUAAUAUUCCUGUAUCUUAGAUUUACCAACAUUUGGAGUCACAUGAGUCCUAUCCUCCUCCAUAGUUUUUGUUACUGAAUUUCUUAAAUCUUAGAUGCCUUUGCUUGUAUAACUCGUCAUUAUGUGUACCACCUAGAAGGUAAAAAUAUCAGGGCCAUGGAUUGAUCCUGUUGGACCCAUCCUGGUUUCAAAAAUGUUAAAAUAUGACACAUUAAAUAUUUGUUAUGGGCCAGUCACUGAUCCAUUUGAGGAGGAAACAGGCUUGGAAGAAAAAUUAUUACUGCCUUACAUUGCUGAGUGCAGUAGGGGGAGAUACCCAACAAGCAAAUAAAAAUUGUAUUUUAUUUAAUCAAGCAUUUUGAUGCUGGUGGUUUAUAAUCUUUCCAGAGGAUAACAGCUAAGGUUUUUCACACAGUAGCAAGACUGUCACCUAGCUGACUCCAGCUGUAAAAUGCUCUGUAUGUGGCCAGGGGGAACUGAAGGAAGAUGGUCAAAAGAUACCCAAUUCUGGUUACAAGAUAAGUAUUAGGGAUAUAAUUUUCUUUUUGUAAUUAGGUCUGUCCAUACAUUGCUAUUGUCAGGAUUAGAUGUAUUUUCUUCUGUAACAUGUCAUAAUUGCCCAAAACAUGCCACAAUUUACUUUCAUAUUUCAAUCCUGAUUUCCCUUGCACAUUUUGUCCCCAAAUAGCCUUUCAUUUUUGUUGUUGACUAAAGAAAAAUUUGCCUUCAGCAUAUCUUCAAACUUUUUGACGAUAUCUAAUUGUAAAAUAUCCAUUGCAUGAGUGUACUUUCUUCCCUCAAGUUCAUUGGAGAAUAACUAAGUAGCUUGGGAUGGCAGGAGUUAAAUGUUUUGUGUCCUCUGUGUCUGAAAUCAUUUUGUUUGCCUCAUGCUUGAUUGAUAGUUGGGCUAGGUAUAGAAUACUGUUUCAGCAUUUUCCCACAGAACUUAGAUAGUAUCAUAUUGUUCUGUUGUCUUCCAGCAUCCAGUGUUGUAAUGUCUGUCUAAUGCCAGUGACAGUAAUGUUUUAUUUUUCCUCUCUGGAAGCUUCUGGGGUUUUCGUCUAUCCUGGGUUUUGUAAACUGUAUGGUAAUAGGUCUCAAUAUGGAUAUUCUGUUCCACAUCCUAGCUGUUACAAGUGUGUUCUUUCAGCUUAAAGGCUUGAUCUUUAUUUAACUCUGGGAAACUUACUUUAUUCCAGAAUUUUUCUGUGCUGUUUUCUUUGUUCUCUCUAGUUGAAAUCUUUUGUUUCUCGUUAUCUUCUAAUUUUUUUCCUAUUCUGGGAAGUUACUUUGAAUCUUAUGCAGCUCAACGGUGACAUUUUAACAAUCAUAUUUUUAGUUCUAAGAAAUCUUUUUGUACCGGUAUUUCUCUUUCAGGUGUUUCUGUUUUAAAGAUGCAUUUUCUUUAAUUUGUCAGGAUAAUAUUUAGGGCUGUCUUUAAAAAAAUUGUCUGUUAAUUGGAUUAUCUCUUUUUCCUCCUAGUCACUUUUUUGUUUGGCUUGUUUUUUUUGUUGUUUUUUUUUGCUAAUGACUUUUGUCACAUACUUGAUAAUUGGUUGUUUACAUUUAUAAAUGAAGGACUAGGUAAUGGUUGAGUAUUAUUGCUUCUGUUCAGGUAGUCCCUCCCACCAAUUUUUUAAAUGGAAGAACAAACUAGGACUUCUUUCUAUAUGAAUGGGAUGUGCUAUUGGCCAGCCUGUUGGAAAAAAAUAUUGAGUAAAGCUACCUUUUUCACAGAUUUAAGUAACGUAUCAGACAUGAGUAAGGGGUGUGGGUGAGGGCCAUGUACAAAGCUGUUCCGUGACUUAAUCCCCACUUUCUCAGUCUGCUUCACUUUCCCCUGCAAUCACUGUGUGCAUGUUCUGUGAUAAGUAGUUUUAUCUACAAUUCAUCAUCUAGAAAUUUGUUGAAAUGUUGGCUAAUGAUCCCUUUCCUAUUCACUUUGGUACAAUGGGUUUACAUAUACUUUAUUGCCUUUACUUUAUUGUCUGCA